AUUCUUAAUCAAUCAAUCUUACCAUUCAAUUCAAAUUUGCAGAUUUCAUUCAUAAAAAAAAGUUAAGAAUCCAAAAAAGUUGAUUUGUCAUAUUUUCAUUUCAAAGGGCACAUCUUUUUCACUUUUUGUUUAUUCUCUUUAUCGUGUUGAUUAAAAGAUGAGCGAAGAAGAUAAUGCCUUGGUGAACCAGUCGGAGAGCAGUUCCUUUGAGGAUCUGGCAACGGCUCACGAGAUAGAGGAGGCGAAGCUAGCCGAGGCCGCGGCUGCAGAGACCGAGAAACCCCCAGAGAGCAAAACUGACGAGUGGCAGGAUGUUCUUGGCUCAGGUGCCCUACUUAAAAAGAUUUUAAAGCCUGGAGAUGAAUCAGAAGGCCUUAGACCACACAGAAGUGAUAUUUGUCGGAUAAGCUAUGAGCUCAAGAUCCGAGGUGGCAAUGGUGACAUAUUUGAGAAGAGGGAUCAUGUUAAAAUUUAUCUGGGGGAUAAUGAGAUCCUACAAGGAUUGGACUUAGCACUCACACUUAUGUACAAAGGAGAAGAGUGCCUCCUACAAAUAGCUCCUCGGUUUGCAUAUGGAGAUGUAGGGCUGAAACCUGGAGAGAACCAGGGUUUGGUCGGGGAGAGCACUUCAGUAAAUUAUGAGGGCCCGGUAAUCGAUUCGGAAACAUGGUUGGAGGCUCGACUGGAACUGCAUGAUUGGAGUGAAGAACCUGAGCACGAAACUUUGCCCAUAGCUGAGAGAAUGGAAAUUGGAACUCGCCGCCGCGCCCGCGGCAACUGGUGGUACGGCCGGGGCGAAGCUCAACUAGCCGUGCAGCUUUACCGUCGCGCGCUGGACGUGCUAGACGAAUCGGAGGGAGGGAUCACGGAGCCGACUGUAUCUGGCGAGCUGGCGCCUACGUCUGACGAGUUGAGAGCGUUGCUGGAGGAGCGGUUACGCGUGCACAACAAUAUGGCUGCAGCGCAGCUCAAGGCCGGGGUUUACGAGGCGGCACUGCAGGCAGUGACCCGCGUGCUAUCCUGCCAGCCCCAAAACGCGAAAGCCCUAUACCGCAAGUCUCGCAUCCUCUCCGCCAUGGGGCGCAACUCCGAGGCGCUGGAGGCAGCCCGCGCGGCCGCGGCCGCAGCUCCCGACGACGCCGGCGCGAGGAAGGAACUACAGCGGUGCGAACAGAGGGCUACCAGGGAUCGGUCCGUGGAACGGAAACUGGCUAAGAGAAUGUUGGGUACGCAAGCGCCUAAAGGGACGCCGGAUAAGAAACCGUCGAAAACUAAGAUGCUGAUGUGGGGUCUGCUGAGCCUGCUGGUAGGCGUGGCCAGUGUGUUGGUGUACCGGUACAAGAUGCAGGGACAUUGAUGACCACGUGGCUGCGGGUUGAGCUAAUUGAUAUUCCAAUGAGGCGGUUAGAUGGGGAAGGUUACGUACAGUUCAUAUCAUUAUAGGCGCUUGUCACGCUUACAGCGAGCUAUAUAACGAACAGUUAAAUAUUACGCUACUCAAAUCCUCUACAAAUGCAAUUUUUACAUUGCCUAUUUUGUAUUUUUUACAUGAUAAGUUUUAUUACAAUUUUGUUAGAGCUUCAGAUAAAUCUAAAACAGCGUUUCCACCGUUUCUAAAAACAAUUGAUUUGAGCAAAUAUUUUUUCAUCCAGUUUUUCUAUUAACCGGAAGAAUGAUUAUUCGCUCAGAAUUGUUUAAAGACUAAGAGGCUUACAGAUUACCAGUUUACCGGACAAUAUCAGCCUGUCAGUUAAUGUCAAAAAGUAACAGCGGGAAAUAACUAGGCAGAUAUCAAAGCAAACUGGCAAUCUGUGGUGCGAGCUCCUUAAGUGAAAACGCGGGUAGAGCACUUAUGCUUCGAUUACACGAAAUGAGUACAGUGGCGCGACAGUAGGUACUCUGUUCUCUAGGUAUGUACCUAACCUAUAGGUUUACCAUUUUAUUUCGUGCUUAUAAUUAGUCUAUGAUUUCAUUUAUUCAUUUGUGUUACGUAAGAUUGUGAUUAUAAUGGAAUUGUAGACGAAUCGAAGAUUUCACUGGACGUAGUUACGCAGAAACGUUCCAAUCCAUCUGAAACUGAAAAUUUAAUGUGGAUUUGAGCGUUUUUGCGUAACUACGUCAAACUAUACUCUAGCAAGCCAAUUUUGUCAGUAGAAAAAGGCGCGAUAUCCAAAAUUUGUUAGUGAGAUCGAUUACUCGCACUUAUAUUUGUCAACAUCAUAUUUACCGUCUUUUUCUAUUAGUUAAUUGGCUUGUCAAUCUACACUUCGUCAUUUUAGACAAAUCGCUGACUCGUCACUGUACUUAUUAUGUAACUCGUGUAACACACGGAUAUUUAGGGUAGAUACUUGUACUUUAUGUAAAAAUGGGUGGAAAGGUUAGGUUAAUUAGAGUUAACGUACACUCUGUGAUGCGGUCUCUAAGACUGCUCUAGCUUACUUUCAACCAGAGACUAAUGAAUAAAAAAUGUGAUUUUCAUACAAAAGUAUGCUCUUUUGAAAUAAUGAUAAAUCAUCAACAUCAUGUUUCUUAACAAAAAACAUCUGAUAAGUUUCUUCUGAAGAAAUUAUACUUUGUUUGAAAAUUACGUAAAAGUUUUAUUAUUUAGUGGUCUCUGGUAGUUUUUAAUUCUCCUUCGAUCGUGCAUUUAUGUCGAAAAUUCAAUAUGUAUAUAUUUAGUAAAAACCUGUAUAUGUUUCAUAGUUAUUUUUGUUUGUGUAGUGCCAAAAUUGGAGACGUAGAAAGUAAUAAUAUAAGAGUAAAUAUCUAUCAAAACAGUAUGAUAAACAUUUAAAAAUAUUUUUCGAUAUCUAACUUUAUUAGUGUAAGAACAGAUUUAUAAAUCGCAUUCCACAAUGGUUGAAUCAGCUGUCAGGGUUAUUAUAAAUAAAAAUUCAAACUUUAUUUAUUAAUAAUUUUACUUUCAAAUCAUUGGUGCUUUAAUUUCUGCAUUUUAUUAACAUUAAAUAUUGUAAAAAAAAAUAUACUUAAAGCUUUAUUUUUAUAUUGGCAAAAUCAUGGGUAUAUUGUACACACCGAGUAGGUAAUAACGAUAUUAAUACUUCAAUAACAAUACAUUGAACAUAAAUAAAUGGUCUAAACACGGAAAAUAAAUGUGAUUACACUGUGAACAUAAAGAUUAUUAAAUAAAGUGGAAUUCUCGAAGUGAAAGGCAGACACUGAAAUGCUUACUGAAAAGGCAUUACAUAUUUAUAAUUAUAUCUAGUAGUAUCUAUAAGCCUUCAAAUUCAAAUGUCUCAUACUUCGAGUAUGGUUCCCUCCCAGUUGGUUUAUAGAGUGUAUAUUUCUUUACCUACAAUAUUUGAUCAUGCGGUUAAGUGUUUAGAUAUUUAGAAACAACUUGGCCACUGAAAAAACGGCCAAAAAAAGUGAUUAGCCACUUUCGGCGUACUUAAAGUAAAACAAAAUACAUGGCCGACACUUUUUAAAUUCAUCUUGGUAACUUAAUUACGCUUUGAAGUGGUUAAAAGGCAUAGAAAGUGAUUAUUCAGUUCUAUAGAACAAAUGGGAAGUACACUUAUACAUCACAUCUAUAAAUAUUCUGAUAUCUUGUCAGAAUGAUGUUAUAGUCACAUGUGACAUAGUAAAUUAGAUUUAUUUUAACUUAGGACGAUGGUUUGGUGUAAGGGUCUGUAAUGCCCCAUGAUAAAAGAAAAAAAAAAAACAUUGUUCCAUUAAACACUAAUAAACGUUGUUGAAGACA